GCACAGAGAAGCCUUUUGCGCAAAGCAGACAGCUGUGGCCGCCUUUGUGCGACUCUGCGCCCCCAAGCGUGGGUUUGCGGAGCGCCGCUUGUUGUUGCCAUGGGCUGCGCCAGCAGCCAAGCGAGCCAGGCGCCACUGCCGCUGCCGACCUUGUUGGUGGACCGUUCCGGUACCAGGUGGGAGGACGCCGGAGAGGUCGCCUCCAUCCUGUCGGCGUCUUCCAUGCCCACCAACUUCUCGGUGCCGGUGUCCUUGGGGGUGGCCUCCAGCUGGCUCUUCUCCACCAACAGCCCGGCCCUGGACAAGGAGAGCUCUCGGCUGGAUUCGUCUGUGAACAGCGUGAUCAGCUGGGAGACAACCAAGACCAACGAGGCCUCGGGCCGCAUGGUGCUGGACCCUGAGCUCUGCCGCGAGGAGUUACAUGAGGAAGACGAUGAGGUUCUGGAGGUGCGUCUCUGAGAGAGGCUUUCUCUCGAAGGAGAAAGCCCGACCCCGACCGAAGCGCCGGUUUGGGCGUUUGUGGCGUGUUUUGGCCCCGGUCUUUGAGCCUCCAGGGCUUGUUUUGGGGACGUG